AUGAGCACGAUAGCAAGCACUUCGAGGCGUACUGCGGCGGGUCUCAUCGCAGGCCACUCUGGGCCAUCGCUCAUCGCCUCUUCGCGCACCCCGGCCCUCUCACCCGCCCGAAGCUCCUCCACCGCCUCCCGUCCACCUCUGGAACUCACCCUCGCCCUCCUCAAACCCUCCGUAUGCGCCUAUCAGCCCGACAUAUCCACCAUCCUGCGCUCGAUCAAAACUUCCGGCCUUUCGAUCGCGCGAUCUCGUCGGUUGUUCUGGACGUCCGCCGAUGCGCACGCGUUCUACGCCGAGCACCGUGGGCGGUUCUACUACGACCGUCUCAUUCUCGGUAUGAUCUCCGGUCCAUCGUUGGCCUUGGCGCUAUGCGGACCAGGCGCAGUGAAGGAGUGGAGGCGCAUGUUGGGCCCGACAAAGGCGUAUAAGGGCAAGUACACGGACGAGAGUUGUCUAAGGGCCCGGUAUGGACUGGGUGAUACGAGGAAUGGUUUCCACGGGAGUGAUGGGCAGGAGAGCGCGAAGAGGGAACUGGGACUGGUCUUCGAUGGUUGGGAUGCAGAGUGGUGGCUGCAGAGGGAGAUGGGGCAGUUGCCGACAGAUCAGGGGGGCAGCGUCAACCCGUUAGGGUUUUGA